UAGGCACAGAGCCGGAGCCAUGGCGGAUUCGCCGGUGAUCUGGAGUUACGAUGCACCAACUCACAUCGAUUUCAACAACUUGCAGGAGCAGGAUGAUCCGGCCGCGGACCGCUGGUUCGAUCAGCAAGUUGGGAUGACAAAGAGCCCUGUCCCUUUGGGAGUUCCUGUCAUCCACAAUCAGGCGUCAACGAAAACUUCAAAUGAGCUUUCUCGUGAAACAAAUGAACCAAGCUCUGUAUUGGAUGAACUCAAUGAAGAAGAUACCACUAAUAGACCUCCGCAUAAUCUGGUUCCUACCUUGGAAGCAUGGAAAGAUAACCCCAACAAGACUGUUCCUAACAAAGCAGUGCCACUGAGGAGAUCAACUCGACGAACAUCUGAACAAUUGAGAAAACAGUUGGGCAAAAUUAGAGAUACAAGAAGAUCUAAGGAGUUGGAAUCUUCUGAGCCUCCGGUUAACAAAAAAGCCAAACUGGCUCUGACUGGGAAGAGCUCUGGGAGUAGAGCAGGGAGCGUGUCUAGGACUCGAACUAAAUUGACUUUGCCUGGCACGCCAACAGUUCUCAAGAGGAAGCAACAUAUGGGGUCAAAAGGAAAAAGCACAGAAGAGUUGGAAAUGGAAAAAAUUGCUCUAUUUCAGAAAGAAGUAGCAGACCAGAGAAAACUUAAUGAGGAAUCACUGAAACUGGCCAUAUCUGGUGCAGGUCAGAGCAAGAAAAGGACACACAUUCCACCUACCAAACCAAUGGAUAUCAAGUUUCACACAGAUGAACGCAUUAAAACGCACAGUGAAAGCCAAAUGGACAGAGUAUACAAGGAAGUAGACUUCACCAGUGAACUACGUAAACAUCAGCAAUUUUCUACACAUGGACACAAAGGAGCUACAGUACCAAAGCCUUUCAACCUAUCAUGUGGGAACAAAAGAAAGCAUGAGGCUACAAACUCCCAAGAAUACGUUUCUCUGGCACAGCAGGUAGAAGCAUUUCAGUGUCGCACUCCAUCACGCUACCAGCUGAGGAGCAGUCAUCAGGUGGAAGAAGGUCCUUGCAAGGUGUCUGAAAAGAUCAAGCUAACUAAACCACAUACUCCCAUGUUAGCAACUAAGACCCGUGCUCGACCAACAACUUGCAAGAGUGCAGCUGAAAUAGAAGCUGAAGAACUGGAGAAAAUACAGUCGUACAAAUUCAAAGCCCAGGAAGUAAAUCCCCGACUCCUUGAGGGUGGCCCAAUUCUUCCAAAGAAGCCACAGAUUAAGGAACCAACAAAAGCUAUAGGUUUUGAUCUGGAGAUAGAGAAGCGCAUCCGUGAGAGAGAGGAAAAUAAAAAGCCGGAAGAGGCAGAGGAUUACGUUUUCCAUUCCCGUCCCUGUCCUACUAAGAUACUAGAAGACGUAGUGGGAGUUCCAGAGAAAAGACUGCUACCUAUAACUAUGCCUAAAUCCCCAGCUUUCACAAUGAAGAACCGAGUGAGAAUUCCACGCAAGGAGGAGAAGGAGGAGAAACGUGUAAUAAAAGCAAAUCCCAUGCCACACUCUGCUAUCCCAUUCAAGCCAAAAUCUUUGGAAGACAAGCUUAUAGAAGUUCAGCCAUUCUCAUUUGAAGCACGGGACAAACAGAGGGAAGCAUUAAAGGAGAAAAAAAUACAAGAAUUGCGCAAAGAGUUGACUGAGUUCCCUAGCUUUAAAGCUCAACUGCUCCCUGACUUUAAUUCUACUCGGUUACCAGAAAAGAUGGUGAAGUCUCCAACUAAAGUGCAGCCAUUCCAUCUGUGUUUAGAGGAACGUGGUGCUAUCCGAGAUCAACGCUGGGCACAGAUGAUGAAAGAAGAGCUGAGACAACAAAAAGAAGCAGCAUGCUUUAAAGCUAACCCCAAUUCUGUCAUUUAUCGUGAACCAUUUCUCCCAAAGAAGGCAGACCGGUCAUUAAUAGAAAAUGUUGAUUCCACAGUUCAGCAGACAUUUGAACUGGCUACAGAGAAGCGUGCAAAAGAGCGUGCAGAAUUUGAAAUGCGUAAAGCCGAAAAAGAAAUCAUGAGGGAACAGUUUGAAGAGAAGAAACGAAAAGAAAAUGAAGAAAGAGAAAGAGAAGAAACUGCUCGACUUCGGCAGGAGCUAGUACAUAAAGCAAAUCCUGUUCGACAUUACAAGAAAGUGGAAAUCAAACCCAGUGAGCAGCAACUUACAGUUCCACAUACUCCUCAUUUUUCAGACAGAUUCAGGCUGUGA